AUGGACGACCUCUUCGACGAAGUAAACGAAGAAGAAGCCCAUGCAAAACACCAAUUCCGAUAUGGGGAUGCCAUUGCCCAUCUCCGGCAUGGCGCCGUGCCUUUGCAGGUGUUCGAAUCCCUCUCUGACUUCGGGUUGCAGGUGGAUGAAAGUGGUGAACAACAGGACUCCACCCCCGAAACAAAAAGAACAGGCACAUCUAAACAGCAUUUUUGCGAACGUAAUAAUUAUUUACUCGGAAACGACGAACACAUCAUGCAGCAGCUGUUAGACCGCCCCGUCCGCCACAUUCACCACCCCGCCCUGACCGACCCCGCCUCAUCGGUGGGCAGCCCGACCACCGCCAAGGCCACCGCGAUGGCCGUCCUCUUCGUCGCCUCCUUCGUCAUGGGCAACCUGCCCGUCAAACUGGGCCAAUGGCUGCACUGGGGCGCCGACGCCAAGGACAACGUGUACGUCAAGUUCCUGCUCGGAAUGGGCGGGGGCGUGUUGCUGUGCACCACUUUUCUGCAUUUGCUGCCCGAGGUGGGGGAGAAUUUCGACGAGCUGGAUCUGACGCCCGGGGUCGAAGUGCACUACGCCGAGUUGCUCAUGUGCAUAGGCUUCUUCGUGAUGUACUUGGUGGAGGAAUGCGUCCACGUGUACUUACAGAUGAAAGAGAAGUCGCAAGAGAUGGCGGUCCUGCGCCGCAGCCUGUCGAUUAGGCGUGGCGUCUCGAUAGACGUCAACAGAAUCGAGGAGGAUGAGGAGAAACCAGCGAAGUUAUUCGGCUACUCGGAGGGGCCGAGGCCUAGCCAGCACAGCCAUCAAGCGGGCCAUUCGCACUUGGUUUUCGGCACCUCCUCCACCGUGACCAUCGUCAGGGGGCUGCUGGUGGUGCUGGCGCUCUCCGUACACGAACUCUUCGAAGGUCUCGCCGUGGGUUUGGAGAGCUCCCCGGCCGCCGUCUGGUACAUGUUCGGGGCUGUCAGCGCCCACAAGCUCGUCAUAGCGUUCUGCAUCGGCGUGGAGCUGGUCACUUCGGGCCUAAAAACGUCUCUCGUUAUACUGUAUGUGUUCACUUUCGCGGUGGUCAGUCCGUUGGGCAUCGAUAUUGACUUGGAAGUGUUCUUGACAUUCAAUAAAAUCAAAAGACUAAACUGUACCCCAGAUGAUAUUCGGAAAGCAAUAAGUAAAUCUGAACUUGUAGAAUUAUCAGAUGACAAAGAAAAAGUUCGCCGUAAAAUACCACUUAAAGUCAAAGAAAAUGUUGAAGAAUGCACCAUUUAUGUUGAGAAUAUAAAAACAGAUGCAAAUCAUGAUUGGAUCACUCAAUUAUUCUCUGAUUUUGGAAAGGUUGUCUAUGUAUCUAUACCAAAAUAUAAAAACAGCAAAGGUAACAAAGGUUUUGCAUUUGUGGAAUUUGAUAGUGAGAAAGAUGCACAAAAUGCCUUGUCUUUUUUUGAGAAAAUUGGUUGCAAAAUGCCUUCAGAGACCAGUCCUGAAGAACUAAAGAGCAUAAAAACUUUUGAUGAGACUAUGGCUGGAAUUGAUUCAUUAGAAAAAACAAACAAGAGAAAACUCACUGAUGAAGAUGAUGAAUUACAUAAGAAAUUGAAAACUGAGGACAAUGAAAGCAACAUUGAGAAAUCCUCAAUAGCAAUAGAUAAUGUGGUAGUUGAUCAAGAUAAUGUUGAAAAAACAGUUCAGAAUGAGGUGAUUGAAACUGAAGACAUGGAAAAUAGAAAGAAAAAAAAACACAAAAGAGACAAAAAGAAAAAUUAUAUAAAAGAAUUGGGUCUACAGGUUUUAUCAAAGCAGGAAUGGAAAAAAAUGAGAAAUCGAUACUUGGAUUUGCAAAGGAAGAAAAUGAAGGAAUUCAAAACCCAUCUGAAUAGGCAAAGGUUCAGUCAGAAAAACUAUGAUAGGCAGAAACUAAACAAAGAAGAUAGUUCACAGCCUUCUGAUGAAACCCCAAAAGAAGAUGUUGCCAAACUAGAAUUUGUUCCUGGAGUCAUAAUAAAGAUGAUUCUAAAUGAACCUUACAUGGAUUCCAAGAAAUUGAAGAAUGAUAUAAAAUCUUUUUCUGCUGAAGUGAAAUUUGUUGACAUCCCACUGCCUUCUGACAGUAAUGAAGUGUUUGUGAGAUUUUCCACUCAUGAAAGCGCCAGAGAGUUCUGUAGUAAGGAGUUUAUGGGAGAAAAGAGUAUUUUGGAAGGUGAAGAAGAGUCAUUAUACUGGGAAAAAGUACAGAAUGACAGGAGUGUAAAGUUUGCUAAGAAUGUCAAAAAGCAACGGGGAAGAGAUAAAUUGCUGAAAAAGGCAGAAAAGGAAAGAGCAAACCAUAUUAAGUUUGAGGAAGGAGAAAAUUAGCAAUUUUUUGUAAGGCUAGUAUAAGACAGAAGAAUCAGUAUGUGUUUGAAGUAUCAGUAAGUGAAUUAAAAUUAACUAUUUUCAUGG